CUCGCAGGGGCAACGCACUCGCUCGUAAAAUGGCUUUGGUGAUUUUAAAAAUGUUCCUUGUGCUUGUGAUCAUUAAUGCCGAAGUAAACAAUAGUAACAAAUCCAUAGAACAGCCACUUAGGAAAAACGAAAACCUAACAGAAGUUUUUAAAAUAAGCUUUUCAAAUGAGAGUGUCGUAUCGGAGAUGCAAUACGCAAUCUGCAGUAUAAGAACCGAGGACGUUUUCGCCAAAGCACAAUCAACGGCAUCAAGGAUUUUGACUGGAGUUUGCACAUCCGAAGAAAUGACGAAGACCUUCAAGAACUUGGAAAAAAUAUUUUUGGAGAAACUCGACCAAGUACAACAAACUUUAAUUGCAUUCAUUCAAUCAAAAUAUCAGCCCAAUAUUCCAAAGAAAAUUGUCAAAAACUCAAGAUUAUCUGCUUUUAAAACAGUAGACUACUUAUUUAAUAAGAAAAUAUUUACAAAUUACACAUAAAUUUUAGUUAUGAUUUAUAUAUUUC